GACGCAGUGACAGUGAUAAAGGACAGACGAGCGAGGAGUUUCACACGUACUCCCUGCUAGGUUUCUCUGGGGAGCCACCAUUCCAGCCAGCAGUGGUGCAUCAGAAUGGCAGACACUAAAUUACUUCUGCGAUGACUCCUCUCAACGACACCGGGACUCGGAUGCACGCAGACACCUCGCUGUUUCCCGUCGGGACGUACAAACUUCUCGCCGUUUCCAUCGGAACCAUCGGGGUGCUGGGUUUCUGCAACAAUCUGCUCGUCCUCGCACUUUACUAUAAGUUUAAGAGGCUGCGGACGCCCACCAACUUACUGCUGGUGAACAUCAGUGUGAGUGACCUGCUGGUGUCGGUGUUCGGGACCAAUUUCACCUUGGUCUCGUGCUUGGAGAGAAGAUGGGUUUGGGACAGUAGCACGUGUGUAUGGGACGGAUUCAGCAACUGUCUGUUCGGUAUCGUGUCCAUCAUGACACUAUGUGCCCUGGCAUAUGAACGCUACAUUCGAGUGGUACAUGCCAAGGUCAUAGACUUCCCCUGGGCCUGGAGAGCCAUCACCCACAUCUGGCUCUAUUCACUCGCUUGGACUGGUGCCCCUCUCCUGGGCUGGAACAGGUACACCCUGGAGAUCCACCAACUGGGCUGCUCUUUGGACUGGGCCUCUAAAGACCCCAAUGACGCCUCCUUCAUCCUUUUCUUCCUCCUUGCCUGUUUCUUUGUUCCUGUGGGGAUUAUGGCCUACUGCUAUGGAAACAUCCUGUACACAGUGCACAUGUUGCGCUCCAUUGAGGAUCUUCAGACGGUGCAAAUUAUUAAGGUCCUACGCUAUGAAAAGAAGUUGGCUGCUAUGUUCCUGAUGAUGAUUUUCUGUUAUCUGAUGUGCUGGACACCCUAUGCCGUGGUCUCAAUGCUGGUAGCUUUUGGCAAGCGGAAUGCCGUCUCACCCACAGCUGCCAUCAUCCCCUCAUUCUUCGCCAAGUCCAGCACAGCUUAUAACCCAAUUAUAUAUGGCUUCAUGAGCAGGAAGUUUCGGCGUUGUGUCUCGCAGUUGCUGUGCUUCCGCCUGGCCCACCUGCAGUGCAGCAUCAAGGAUCACCCCCUGGCCUGCUCCAGCCAGCCAGUACGCCCUAUCGUGAUGUCACAUAGCCGUGAUGACAGGCCUAAGAAAAGGGUGACCUUCAACUCCUCAUCCAUCGUUUUCAUCAUUGCCAGCAAUGACACAGACCCACUGGACAUUAGCUAUAAAUGUAAAGAGCCAUCAGAGACCAACGUGAUUCAAGUUCGACCACUUUGACUGCACCACAAGUACAUCAAAAGUAUUGGAACAGCAAGCUUUUGUUUUUGCUAUACACUAAAGACACUUGGGUUUGAGAUCAAAAUAUGAAUCGGAGACAUUUGAUCAAUAUUUCAGAUUUCAUUUCCUGAUCUAGAUGUGUUUUUGCUCUUUUGAUUGCAAACUAUCCAAUUUCUAUGUGAUCAAAACUCUUUGAAACAGAUUUUUUUUACCUUCAGACUAGCACUUAAUAUUUGGUUGCUUAUCCCUUGCUUGCGGUAACUGCAUCAAGCUGGAGACAAACUAUAACAUUCAUUUCUUAUGGUUUUUCCUGGAAUACUGCAGCUUUCUUCAGUUGUGGUUUGUUUUGAGGGUUUCUGCCUGGGUUUUCUGUAUGCUUAACUGAGUUAAGUUCUGGUGAUUGGCAUGACCAGUCUAAAACCUUUCACUUUUUCCCCCGAUAAAGUCAUCUGUUGAGCUGGCAGUGUGCUUUGGGUUAUUUUUUAUUGCUGGAUAAUGAUCCUCCAAAGUAAAUACAUUUCUCUGUUCACAUUCAUGAAUAGAUCAUUUCCUUCUCUACCCUUUGCCCAUCACUUUGGUAGGGGGUAAACUUGGUUCCCGACCUUUUGUGACUCAUCUGUGUACUUCUUUGUCAAUUCCAAUCUGUCUUUCUGAUUCUUACUGUUGGUGAGUGAUUUUCAUCUUGUGCUAUGGUCUCUGUAUUUCUUCUCUCAAAGUCUUCUUUGAACCCUGACUUGUGAUACCUUCAGCUCUGCCCUGUGGAUGUUGUUGCUAAUGUCACUGACUGCUGUUUUUUGGUUCUUCUUUACAGCUCUCACAAUGUUUGUCAUCAGCUGCUCUUGUUUUCCUUGGCUGACCUGUUCAGUGACUGUUUAUUAGUGUUCUAGUAAUUUCUUUCCUUUUCAAGAUUUUCCAAAUUGUCUUUUUGGCUAUGACCAGUGUUUGUGUAAUGACCCAGAUUGGUUGUUCCUCUUUUCUUUGUUUUAAAAUGGCUUGUUUUUCUCUCACCACUAAGCCGUUUUAUCCUUUAAUCAAGAAAAGCCGUCUUCACAGGUUAAACCGAGUCUAACGGCAAAUUUGGGCAACCAGAAACGCCUGUUCCAAUAUUUUUGAUCACUUGAGAAAUGGGUAGGUGCAAAUAAAUAGUGCAAUGUUCUAUGUUGUGAACACAUAUAGAUGUUAAUAUCAGGGAAUUAAAGCUGAUAUUUUGAUCUGAAAAACAAUAGAGUUCCUUCCAAUACUUUAAGAGGAGACAAAAUAUGUAACACAUUUUUACAGCACCAUUGUGUUGCAUAUUCAGAUGCUCAUUUUACUUGAUACACACAGUAAAGCCAUCUGCCACUUCACAGAGGUACAUGUGUGAAAGAACCCCUUUCACAUGGUCAGAAGUAUUCACAUUCAACAUAAAUACUGCUUAAUUGCUCAUAAAAUUUUAAGUAUUUUAUUAUGAAGGCUAUAUUUUAUGCACAUUCAUUAUAGUCACAAUAACCUGCUGUCUUACCACUGUUAUUAAUACUUUAUUAAUACUCACACACAGUAUGUUGACUGGUUUUCAAUCAGUAUGUGAUUCACUGCCUGUAUUUAGCGAUCACUGUAUUUAGCGAUCACAGAUCAGGUACUCGACUUGACUACUGUUAAAAAAAAUUCUGCAAGGGAGGUGCAUUAUCUUUUCAACAUCCCUUGUGCGAGAUAUUAAAAAAAAUCAAAAGGAUUCAGUGAGGUCAGUGGUUUCUUCAUCAGCACAAUUUCGACUUUGCAAUGAGAAAAAAAACAUUCCUAUUAGCCAGCACAGACCAAUAAAGAGGGUUUAUAUUUGCAUCUAUAAGCUUCUUUUCACUUCUAUUUUGCAGGAUUCUCAGUCCAGUGAAC